GUAAUUCACCCCUACUGUCUUAACAAAUCAAGCUCUUCACUAUAGCUCCCUUUGUGUAUUCUAAAGAAAACAUUGUGUAGUGAGCUCUCCUAAAAGCCACCAGUGCAUCUGCUGUUGGGCUAAGAGGUUUUUUUUUUGGCUUUGUUUUUGUUUUAAUCUCGGGGGACAUAUCUCUGCGUUUUUGGUGAACUGCGCGUUUGCGCGAACCGUUACAUCGCUUUGACGCAGGAGAUGCUGAGCAGAAAGCUCGAGCACUAACUGGGACGUAACUUCCUGCCGAAUCGCACAUAGGACUCGUUAUUUCUGGACGGAUAUGGAGGAGGAAUUCAGCACAUAAGUAGCCGAUUUAAUGAGAGAUGCUCCAAGAAAAGGCUUCAGCUGUGGUUGAUGAAUGUGUGACUGUGGCAGAGUCUGGUGAGCUUGCUAAUGACUCACAUUCACAUCUGGGCUUACCUGUGGCCCCAAGCAUCCACCACAACAAUGAAGUUGACCAGAACAUUGAGAACAUCAAAGUAGUUCUUCAUGAGAGGGAACUUUGGAAAAGGUUCCAUGAGGCAGGAACAGAGAUGAUCAUCACUAAAGCAGGCAGGCGGAUGUUCCCUAGCUACAAAGUAAAAGUCACAGGGAUGAAUCCAAAAACAAAGUACAUCCUCCUAAUCGAUAUUGUUCCAGCUGAUGAUCAUCGUUACAAGUUCUGCGAUAACAAGUGGAUGGUGGCUGGAAAAGCAGAGCCAGCCAUGCCUGGGCGGCUCUACGUCCACCCUGACUCUCCUGCAACAGGAGCUCAUUGGAUGAGGCAGCUGGUCUCGUUUCAGAAGCUAAAAUUAACAAAUAACCACCUGGAUCCUUUUGGACAUAUCAUACUGAACUCUAUGCACAAAUACCAGCCAAGGUUGCACAUUGUCAAAGCUGAUGAGAACAACGCCUUUGGUUCUAAGAACACGGCCUACUGCACCCAUGUGUUUCAUGAAACCUCAUUUAUCUCUGUGACAUCCUAUCAAAACCAUAAGAUUACCCAGUUGAAGAUUGAAAAUAAUCCCUUUGCCAAAGGUUUUCGUGGUAGUGAUGAAGGAGACCUCCGAGUGUCCAGACUACAAGGGAAAGACUACCCGGUGAUUUCCAAAAACAUGGCACGGCAACGGCUUAUCACAUCACAUACCCAUCUGGCUGGAAAGUUAAGUGCAGGGGUAUUGAGUGGUCAUUCGCAGGUCCACUCUCAUUAUCAGUAUGAUGGUGGGGUUGCCUUGUCCAGUUCUGAACCUCAGGAUCCUCUAUCCAACCCAUUUCCUUCUGGCAGAGAGUCCAGUCUGCUUUACCAUUGCUUCAAGCAUAGAGAUAACAACAGGCAUUUGGAGCUGGGCUGCAAGCGGCCCUACCUUGACACAGCACCCUCAGCAGUUUCAGAGAACCACUACUUCUGCUCCCCUUCUUCCUAUGAGCCUUCUUUUCUGUCUCACCCCUACUCUGGUGAAGCUUUGGGCUCUAGAGAGGCCUGCAUGUAUGGAAGUAUGGAUGGUGAGGCAGGAGCUGUAAGUGUAGCUAAUUCUGAGGACAUGCCUCCACCCUCUCUGAACUGCAACAUGUGGGCAUCAGUGCAGCCCUAUCCUCGUUAUGGUAUACAGACCGUUGAGGCGGUGCCCUACCAGCCCUUCAGUGCCCACUUAGCGGGCACAGCUACAACUGCCUCCAUCGUCUCUCAUCACUCAGCAUCUAUGCAACGGCCACAGCCUGCACCUCAGGUUCCAGACCUGGUGUCCUUUGGUGCACAGCAGACUUUGCCACCAGUACCAUCUUCUUCUUCCUCCUCUUCCUCAUCCUCAUCUGGUGCUUCCUCAUGUGAAAGAUCAGCCCAUCUGCCACUGUACCACAGGAAGCCAGGGUCCCCUCUGAGAGUCCACAGGGAUUUCUCAGCCUACCCGACCCAAAGCCCUGCAUCAUCGAGAGAGUCGGUGUACCAGUAUCAGGGCCUCAGCAGCAUAGGGUCCCACUGGACUGACAGCUAAGACGAGAUGCACCAGUGUAUUGUUUUGUCUGAUGUUUGCCUGUCACCUUAGAGUCACACACUGUCUCUAAGGACCCCCAAAGAGAUUAUUUUUCUAUAAAGCCAUAUUCCCGAAUUGCCAAGUUAAUAUGCAAGUGUCAUACUGAAAUAAUAAGUGCAGGAUUUGUAAAUAUACACCACUGUAAAAA